AUGCUGAGCCUCAAGUUACCCCGGCUGCUCAGCAUCCACCAAGUGCCUAAGGGGUACCGGGAGCAGGGGAUCCUCUUUGGGUAUCGCCCUCCCAGAAGCUCGGCAGCAGAUUGUCUCCUCAGCGUCUUCCAGAUGACGAAUGAGACGCUGAAUAUCUGGACGCAUUUUGUGCCUGCCUGGUACUUUGUGUGGACCCUGGUGGGGCGGCUGCGGGGGCCGGGGGGCCCGGAGGACCCCCACUCCUGGCCCCUCCUCGCCUACCUGCUGACCUGCUGCAUCUACCCCUUCGCCUCCAGCUGCGCCCACACCUUCAGCACCAUGUCCACCCGCGCCCGGCACAUCUGCUACUUCUUCGAUUACGCGGCGCUCAGCAUGUACAGCUUGG